GUAUCGUCAGUUUUUUAUUGCGGGUGCGAUAGAAUGGUGGGGGAUUGCUGUAACCAAUGAGCCCGCAAAAAGCGGCUCCUGCGCGAUGCGCGUGGCGCGCUGCGCCGCAUAAUCUUGCGUAUCAGUGAUCGGCAGUGCCAUCCAGAAGGCAGUAGGUUACGGGUUCUAACGUGGUGAAAUUUAAGGAGUCCUUAUUGGUGCGAUUGGUGAAAAAGGAAACGUGUGAGGGGAUAGAGGGCACACGAUAAUAGGUGCACGAUACUCGCGAGUGUCGGAAGAUCUAGUGCCGAGCCAUCAUGGCGAAUCCACGAAAGUUCAGUGACAAGAUCGCGCUACACAAACAGAAGGAAGCACAGGAAAGAGCGGCGUUCGAGGCUAUCAUGCGAGAAGUUUCGGAUUACACAAGCAGAAUCCACUCGGCGAGCAGCUCGGUGUGUGCCAGUCCCACGGGAUCCGGGGUACUGGAGACUCCUUUGUCCGUGAAGAGUGCCGGCGCCAGUCCACCGCAGUCCAGCGGCAAACACCUGCACAUUAACCUGGGGAAUCAGUUCAGGGCGGGUGGCUCUCUGCCGAAUGUUAACAACAACGCGAAUUGCGCCAAUGACGCGAAACAACACGCAUCGUCGCACAACGCCGCUAUCCACUCGAUCGACCUUAAGGAUCCGCCGUACCGCAACAACGAGAGGGGAAGGAGCAUGGGCGUCGGGCCGAUGCGGUCGCGUCCCAUGGAGAAGAGGCACGACACCUCGCCUUACAGCGGCGUCCCGUAUCUGUCGCCGCCGCCGCCGGACACGUGGAGGAGAACCAAUUCGGAUUCGGCCCUCCAUCAGAGCGCCAACGAAGCCUGCCAAUCGACCACCACCAUCCCCCAUCGGCGAGAUCAACACACCAUAAGCGGAUCCGGGAGCGAGAACAGAAACUUGCAUUACGGAUUCAUCGAACGGCCGAGAUCGUCCUGCGAGAUACCCCGAGUGCCUGGAAACAACAUAGAUCCGAGCUCUCAGCCAGCGGGGCAGCAAAUUCCCAUAGGGAACACGCGAUCGUUGCCCGACCUGGCCCAUUUCCAGUCGGAUCAAGAGGAUCACUCGAGCAGCACGCCGUUCAGCAACAACCAUUUAUCAGUGCCUGUUAACUCUAGGUUUCUUCACACGUGUAAGGGUGUGGCGUUGGAAAACAGCACAAGUACUUCGCAACAGGAUCUUCAGAGCUACUCGCAACAACCACCGAUGGCCCAGCCACCGACGGCGACCACCCACAGCCCGGCUGGCCACCACUACAUUUAUCAACAACCGCACAGUCCUGUGCCACCGCAAAGUCCAAAGUCGACAACGCAAACGCAGCAACCGCAGCUCAACUCGUUGGGCUCGUACAGGUCCUCGCAGCAGGUGAACAGGCCGUCGCCGCAGUCGUCGCCCGGGCUAACGAUUCAAGGGAGCCCGUUGAGCUACAGCAAUAAUCCAUCGGCGCCUCCCAGCCCCACGGGUCAUCCAGGUCCACCGAACUUGACGUCGGAGAGCAUCGACCAAAACAGUUAUUUUAUGAACCAGGCACAAGCGGCGGCGCUUCAACAGGAUUUCGAGCAGUUCACGAUGGGAGUGGAUUGGCCGAAAUUCGCGCAGCAGCUCAUGGAACUUGGUUGCACCUGGAGCACGCAGAUAGAGAUGGACACCCCUGUGCCGACCAACAUGAUCGGGACGUACAUCAGUUCGCCGAACCACACCACGAGUUACGCGCAGAACGACACGAUAAACGUCGGCGGUGAAUUGGGGAGCGGGGACGCGGGUUACUUCAGCACGAGCCCCCAGGUUCCGUAUCAGCCAGCGUCUACCACGACCGCGACGAGCAACAACACAACCACCGCCCAACAGCUCACCCCACAGACGCCCAACACACCGACGAUCAUCCUCACAGAUUUCUCCGGGGCGGACGAUCUUACGAAUCCGGAAUUCGUGAAGGAUCUUGGCUCGGCGAUGAUGGGCGAUUUCGACCCGGACAUAUUCCCGUCGGACGACGCUCUGAGGCAGGGCCUCGACCCGAUCGACAUGGACGGUCUACAAAUGCUCACCGACCCGACCAUGGUUAUAUCGGAUCCAAGCGCCGAGGCCCAUUUUAGGCGGGACCGACUUUAAGGCGAGACAAUUUUCAGAUCAAUUUUCAGAUUAUGCGCUGACUAUUAUUAUCGUAGGGAAAAAAAAAAAAAAAAGAAAGAAAGAAAAGGAAAGGAAAGGAAAGGAAAAUACGAAUUCUUAUCCUGUCGCAUGGUGUCGCGAUUUAUCCUUGGGACGCUUUGACAAAUGGGACGAGUCGUUGCGCUUCGUCGCCGAUGCGCUUCCAACGGGAAGUCGUUUCUCUACAUACAACUGUCAUUGGAGAUAUACGAAUUCGAAGGAAAGAAAGGAAUAAAAGAGGCAGAUUACAGUUGUCUAUAAUUUGGGGAGAAAAGAAAAGUUGUAUAUCUCGGGGAUCAAUCGAAUCAAACGAAAUGUUAGACACGUUAUGUUAGAUGAUCGCGAGAUUGAUGGUUGAAGAGAAUGUUACGAUAUCACGGCGAAGAAAACGUGUUCGCGUUGGAAUCGAGCAAGCGACGCCUAUGUCCCGUUCGUGAUAAACCGUUAAUUGAGGAUUAAGUAAAUACAAAUCUUUAUUAACCCUUUUUUUAUUUUAUACUACUUUGUACAUUGUAUCAUGUAUGAUCUCUAAGAAGCACAAAACAAAAUGUCUACUGAUUUAUACAUGCUUUUGUCAUAUACGAUCCUAGUAAGGCAAAAGGAAAGAAGAAACUACUGUUUAGGUGAAAUUAACCGUUUAGCGGAAAGAAAGAAAAAAAAAAAAUGAUAAGAAAAAGAAAAAAAACGAAAAAAAAAUGAUAAAAUAAAAUAAAAUAAAAUAAUAAGAAACUAUUAUGGAAAAAUACAUACGUGGGUUGGUUACGCUCCUACCGUUUCGGGGAGCAGCGUUUAAAGCGUUUUAAACGCAUAAAGAGUUAAUAGACACGAGAGAGGAGGGAGACAUCUUUCGGCAGUAUCUCGUACCAAGCAUUUGAAAGAAAAAGAAAUUCUCUUCGCUCUUUAAUCCCUUCCUUUUCGUUCUCACCGUUACUUAAUUCGCCAUACAUCUCGAAUUUCCUUCCUCCUAUACGAAUAUCUCUCUCUCUCUCUAGAUUUUUACCGAUCGAGUCUAAUCGAAUCGUUGCAAAUAUACACAAAUUCGAACGUAUGCGAUGUUCAACUCGGAUGAUAUUCUUUUCCGUUAUUCGUAUAUCGCGUUCCGCCUCGCGUUGCACAGAAGACGUUGAAACAAGAGCAGGAGGGGGGAGGGGGGAAAGAUGGGAAGAAAGUCUACUCUCGUCAAUUGUUUUUUGAAAGUAACGCGCGCAAUUACUUUGUACACAUAAAUUAAUCGGCCACCGCGUUUGUCGCGUUAGACAUAAUUCGAUUAAAGUAUAUAUAUAUAUAUUAUAUAUAAUGUAAUAACUGAGAAGGGAAAAGAAAAGAGAGGAAAUGACGCUUAUAUCUGUAUUAUAUCAGAGUAUACACGUACGUAGUGGUGGUCGACACUUUUUUCGAGCGCCAUUCGACCGCGAAUGCGAAAAAGCCGAUCGAAAAAAAAAAAUCGCGUGUCCAUGCGAAAAAAGACUUCGGGCCACUGCAUAUACUGUUCGAAGGUGCUGACAGAAUUAUUCGACUCUGUUAACAUUUUUCUCCACCCGUACGAAUUUCGCUCGCGAAAAAAAAAAGAAAAAAUAAUUACUUUUAAAAAGAGAAACUUUUGUCCAUUUGUAAAUAAUCCCGAAAGGACGAAAUAGGGAGAGAUAUCGAUGCCCAAAAAUUCAAUCUAUCCUAUAAUUUUUUUUUAAUCAUGCUCCCUUGUUUCCACACUUCCCUGUCUCUCCCCUAUGUGCUAUUUAACAUAUACUCUCUUAAUAAUGCACCGAGUGUACUGCCUGUUACCGUGCCUAAGCACAUUCGAUAUCGUUGAUCAGGAAACUGACUAAUCGCAUCGAUCAAAUCGAUAUUUAAAGAGAAUCUUAUAUAUAUAAAACUCUUAACUCUUAACAUCCUUCGCCAGUUUAUCCUUCGAUCUCGAUGAAUUUUUCUCGUCACCUUCGCGCGUAAUAUACAAUUGUGUACCAGAAUUACGCAGAAUUUGGAUCGAAGGAGCUCGAAAUCACGCGAAUCUCGCAAGGGAUCGCUUGCCAACGGAUGUCUGCCCCACAACGCGGAGAGAACGCGAUCGAAGGAUACACGAAGGAUCGCUCGUAUUUUUACACAAUGCGUGACGAGAGCGGAGAAAAGAAAAAAAAGAAAAAAAGAAAAAAAAGGAAAACUUUCCCUCCGAUUCGUUCGCCCAUUCCCACGAGAAAGUCUCGCCUCUCCGACCGAGGCGAGACGGUGCCAAAGCGCGUACAACAUUCGUCGCUCCGUCACGCAUAGAUUAAGCGAGAAUCGAUCUUCAUCGAGCGAGCGAAAUAAUUCUCCCCAACGAUCGCGAAUUGAGAAAUUGAAUUCGAUUCGAAUUCUCAUUUUCAAUUUUCGGUUCCGUCUCUUCGAAAUAUUCGCAAGUAAAAUUUGUAGUGUACUUAAAGUAAAAUCGGUAAAAAUGUGAUGGAAUACUUUUUUUUUCGCGUUUAUCAAAAAUUGUGUCGAAAAUAUAUAUAUAUAUAUAUACAUACGAAAGAUUCUCCUCGAUGUCGAAAAUUUGGAAAAUUUUUUGAUCGACGAGACUUGUUCCAUUGAGAAUUUUUACAAUUUACGAAUCUACUUCAUGCACGGCGAUUGAAUUUCGAUUUCGGGGAGGUUGAAGAAACGAGGAAAUUAAUCGCUCGACUAUGUUCGGAAUCCAUUUCCGUUCUACGUAAAAUUUCAAGUAUCCUUUCUUUCGUCUCGUCUUAUUCAGUUUCAACGCGCAUGCGUGAACAGACAUACACAUACAAAAAGUAAUCACGUACUCCUUGCUCUCUCUCGCUCUCUCUCUCUCUCUCUCUCAUACACAUACGUAUACACACGCACGCUUUUCCCAUGCUGAAAGAAGAAGGAUGGAUUGGACGGUCUCUCUUGUACGAUCUCCGCGUGACAAGUACGCCAAUUUCAAAUACGAAUAUUUGUCGAAAUUGUUGGAUGAAGUGUGGAAAAAUGAGAGAGAAGUCUCGAUCGUUGCAUCGAAAGUGCGCCAAGAUUCGAAGGAAUGGAAAGAAGGAAGGGGAGGGGGGAAACAUUGUAAUAUUUGUAUAUAGCCAUGUUAUCGUGGUAAAGAAAAUUAUCUAUAUUAUUAUAAAUAUUACGCAUACAUAUAUAUAUAUAUAUAUAUAUAUACAUAUUUAAACCUGUAAUACGUUACGUUGUUGUACCAUAUUAUUGUGAACACCAUUUCUCAGACAUCGAUUUUUUUAAAUAAAAAGAAAGUCUCUAUCUCGAUAUGCACUAAAGCAGAGUAUCCGUCGGAACAAAGCGAAACAAAAAGGGGGGAAAAAAAGAAAGAAAAAAAGAAAGAAAACAUUCACCGCACCGAACGAUCCGGUUUCUCAUUUUUUACGAUUAGUCGCGGCUUUUUCGCCUCGUCCCUCGAUUUUGACCUGCGUCGACUUCGUUAACGGCCACGGUUAUACACCGCUUUCGACGAAUUUUCGAAUUUUCCAACCAUCGCGCUCGUUUCGUCCUUACUCGACUUUCGUUUCACAAAAGAAAAAGAAAAAAAAUUAUUAUUAUUAUUAGAAAUCGAUCACAUCGACCUUCCAGGACCCUUUUGGAAAGAAAGAAAGAAAGGAAGAAAGAAAGGAAAAAAAAAUAAAUGUACAUACCUACGUCAAUUCCUGGCUCGAGGUUUAUCCAAUUGUUGUCCAACAACGAUGCGUUUUCUGCGACGAAAACAGAUUAUCGAGAAAGGACAGGACGGAGGCGUGGCGAUUCUUUUUGUAACGAUCGUGCCUGUAACGUUUCCAACCAAUCAGCAGCCUUCUUGCCGGACUGACUGACGUUCGUCUAUCUAAAUCACCUGUACACGAUCUCGCACGAGCAAAAAGUCUACAAAGUCAGUCGUGUAACCGGAGACGCGGCAAAGGACGAGCCUUUUCUCGCUGCGAAUUCGCGCGAACGAUUCUCAAAAGUGAUCGCAACAACCGUUUAAAUACCGAAGAAACGAAUUGAAGAAAAGAAUUUCGAUCGAGACGAAUCGUAAAAAGAUCGUUGGAGAAAAUCGUUGGCGCGAACUAUCGAUGUAUCGAGAUUGAAUUCUCGCGAGCGACGAGAAGUUUUUGUGGCGAAAGUUCGAUUCUCGAUAGAUUCCAGCUACGCUACUUUCGACUUGAAGCUGGUUCGACGUAGCUGUGCGUAUCCUGGCGUAAAAUGGCGGACGUCGAUGCGCGUAACGAAACGAAAGAGAAAUAGGAAUAAAAGAAGGGGGGAGGGGAAAAAGAAAAAGAAAGGAAAAGAAAUAUAUACGAGAGAGGAACACAUUUCAAUCAUUUCUCACGCAACACCGUGAUCCUUCUGCCCGUCGAUGUGUAAAUAAUUGUUUCAUAUUGUUGUAAAGUAGAACGGUGAUAAGGAGAGAUGGAUGGUACAAGCGAGGAGACGAGUACUCGUUUGCCGAGAGUAAAUUUAAAAGAAAAAGAGAAAAAAAAAAGUCAAAGUCUCCCCCGUAAUGUAAGCGCACAAAACAGAGGGUUAACGAUCUAUGUGUCUUCUUCGUGUUUAAUCGUAUCUUUGUUAUUAAAUCUUGAACGUCUUACGAA